UUGACACUCACCCCUCUCCACCUAACCCCAACCACACCUCCAUCCUCCUGCCCGGCCUGCGACCUCGGGCCCUCCGGCCCGGCCAUCUACUCAUGCGCCCCGUGCAACUUUUUCCUCCACGAAAAAUGCCUCGACUUCCCUCCCAACAUCACUCACCCUUUCCACAACCAACACGUCUUCACCCUCCUUCCCAGGCCCGCCUACCCCGACGCCCUCUUCAACUGCGACGCCUGCGGCCUUACGGGCCGGGCCUUCUGCUACCACUGCAAGACCUGCGGGCUCGACCUCCACCCGACCUGCGCAUCAAUGCCGCUUUCCCUCGCGCACGCGCGCCACCCGCACGAGCUCAGGCUCGCUUUCGAGUCGCCCUAUGGUGAGUUUUCCGGCUUCUGCUGCGAUAUAUGCAAGGGCCCGGGCGGGCCGGGCCGCUGGCUCUACAGGUGCGGCCCGUGCGGGUUCGACGCCCAUUUGAAGUGUGCGGGGGUGAAUAAUAAUGCGGUUGGUGUUCCGGCUGCCGUGGGCCCCACGGUGGGGUUUGGGCUCAACAGCAGCAGGCAGAAUAAUGAGAUGCUCGUUCAGGCGAUUCAGCAGAGGGUGAGCAGAAAUAACGCGAUGGUUCAGGCAAUAUUGGCGGGAAGGGCUGGAGGAGGCUAUGGUGGGCGUUAUGGAGGUGCUAAUAAUAAUAAUAAUAAUAAUAAUGAGGGGUUACAGCAGCUGAUGCAAAUGAUGUCGGGAGGUAAUUAUAAUAACGGUGUUUUGGGUGGAGUUGGGAGUGGUGGAGGGUUUGAUUGGCAGUCUUUGUUGGGCGGCGGUGGUGGUGGACUUAACUUUCUUGGUGGAGCAUUUGGAGGGUUUGGGUUCUGA